AUGAUCCGAAAAGCUCGUCCGAUUUGGCAAGAACUACCGGACCACUUCAAGACGGAUGUGGUGAAAAUAUUGGAUUUCAAGUCGAGAUGCUGCUUAAAAAUCUGCUCGGGAUCCGACCAAAUUCUGGUCAAGUCCUGCUCGAAUAAUUUCAAAACCGUGGUGAUCAGUCCACCGGAUAAAUUGGAACUGGAUCAUAAAAUUUAUACAUGCUCAGGAAUCGAUCAAUUGAUUUCAUUGGUUAUUCAUAUUUUCGAGCAUCCAAAAUCGAGUGCAAAACAGAUCGAAUUCAAUUUUGAUAGACGAAAUGAGCCGGAAAAUGUGCAAUUCUUCUUGGAAACCUUUUUGUGUUGUCUGAAAGCGAACAUGAAAAACAUCAAAUUCAAAUGUCGGGUUUUCAAUUAUCAAGAGUAUCAUAACCGCAUUCUGGAGGAUCAUUUUCUGAAAGUUUUGCAACUUUUCGAUUCAAAACAUCUGAUUGAAAUCAAUUUGUCAUCUGCGAUUUCUUCAGAUUUUAUUGAAAAAGUUUGUGCAUCUGAGCAAUGGAAAAAUGCCAAGAAACUGAAAAUUAUGGGACAUUUUGAUUAUGAUUUUCCAAUUGAACACUUUUUACAUUUCAAUCGGAUUAUUAUCAAGAAUAUUCGAAGUUUGAGCGCUGAGAAAAGCUGUAAAUUCAUUGAGAAUUUCCUGAACAAAAAUCCAUCGAAAGGAUCCAUGUUCACUUUGGAAACUGAUAUUCCGCUUCUGAUUGAUGAAAUUCUUCCUAAACUUCCAAAUGAAUGGCAAGGUGGAACUUAUUUAAUGAACUUACCUCAAUACGUUCAUAGUCGAGUUUACGAUAUGAAAGAUCCAAAACUGAAACUGGUACUCAAAUUUGAACGUGACGCUAUUCUUGGAGCCGUUUGUGAUGAGCAAUGGAUGGAAGCCGAUUUCAGAUGGUCCGUUUACAGAUGUCGAAUGGAUUGGUGA